UUUUCAACGAUUAUUCUCAGAUUUUGGGUAACCAGAUUUUUGCAUCACAUGUUUCUGUCUUCUCUUAGAUCGAAAUCAUUUGUUUAUCAUCCGAUCAUCUCCAUUCCUUCAAUUCCUUCAGCUCUCUCUCUAGUACGAGCCAGCUUUAUAAAACAAUCAAUGGCGGAAAAUGUUCCUCUCGAGGAGUACCUUGCAACUGCAGUCGAUGCCGCCAAGAAAGCUGGAGAGGUUGAUUUGGUCACUGAAACUGACAAGGCUUGUGAAGAUUUCAUAUUUAAUUACCUCAAGGAGCAUCACCCCUCACAUAAGUUCAUUGGGGAAGAAACUACUGCUGCUUGUGGCCAUACAGAAUUAACCAAUGAACCAACGUGGAUUGUUGAUCCUCUUGAUGGAACAACUAACUUCGUUCAUGGAUUCCCUUUUGUGUGUGUUUCUAUUGGUCUGACCAUUGGAAAGGUUCCCACAGUUGGAGUUGUCUACAAUCCAAUUAUUGAUGAGCUUUUUACUGGAAUUCGAGGAAAAGGUGCCUUUCUUAAUGCAAAGCCAAUUAAAGUAUCCUCUCAAGACGAACUGGUGAAGUCGCUUCUCGCAACUGAGGUCGGAACCAAACGCGACAAGUUGACCGUGGAUGCUACCACAGACAGAAUUAAUCGUUUUCUCUUGAAGGUGAGAUCACUUCGGAUGAGUGGUUCUUGUGCACUGAACCUCUGUGGAGUGGCCUGUGGAAGGAUUGAUUUGUUUUUCGAAACCGGUUUCGGGGGUCCCUGGGAUGUCGCUGCUGGUGCCGUUAUUGUCACAGAAGCUGGUGGGCUCGUGUUUGAUCCAUCUGGCAAGGAUUUUGACAUAACAUCUCAGAGAGUAGCAGCUUCCAACCCUAUUCUAAAGAAUGCAUUUGUGGAGGUUUUGGAGCUGUAAGAAUGUGAUGACUUCGGUAAAUUCAUGAGAUCUUCAACUUUCCAUUUAUUGGUAAUUCUUUUCUUUUUGCUCUUUCUUUUAUUCAAGUGGUUCCAGAAUACAGUUCAUAAAUAUCUAUAGCGUCGCGAUGUAAUAUUUUACUGUAAUCUUGAGUGUCCAGUAAAAAGAGAAAUUUAUACGACACGACUUCUAUUUAUAGGUCCACUGGGAUGUAUUUCGAUCGAGUUUUGUCUUGGAAUGGAAAGUUUGCGAAUAAGAAGCCUGGAAAUAGAAUGCAUUCAUAUGAUGAUCAUUGUAAUGUUUUGGUUUGCACAAAUGGAAUUUUGUUGAAUGUUGUUUGAAGAUGCUUUGUUGGGUAUUUAUUUAGAAUUUAAUUAUGUUCGACAAA